CGCAUAUUUUUGGUGCCUUACAAUCCCAGGUGAUUAUAGUACAUAUAAUGUUUUUCAAAUGCAUCAGCAAAUGGCAUUAGUGUGUGUAUAUGUCAUGAAUAAAAUUCACUCUUAAGAAUAUAUUGUUGGAUUUUCAGUGACCAUUGGAUGUUGGCUAUAAUAAAUGAAGAAAAAGACAUUGUCUACAUUGUGGACUCUUUGGAAAGACAAUACCCCAAGUGGAUGGAAACUGUGAACAAUGCAAUCAAAUUAUUUAAUGGAAUUACGGGUAGACAUGGCAAAAAAGCAUCACGAUGGAUAAAUCUCUCGGGUGCACCAAAACAAGUGGGCGGUGGUGAAUGUGGUUACUAUGUCAUGAGAUACAUGAAGGAAUUGAUUGAGGAUCCAAUGCUUUCUUUUGCACAGAAGUGGAGUAGGAAGUCGAAGAGAACCAGCUACUCACAAGAGCAAAUUGAUGAGGUGCGGGUUGAAUGGAGUGAGUUUGUUACAAGGAAAUACUUGUAG